AUGACGCUCGGGAAAUACCAUGACGACGAGGAGCCCGAGAAGGUCGAUUUUACGCCUCUUCCUCCGGACGCCGGCAAUGAAACACGAGCGAAGGGACUCAAUUCGACAGGGGCCAUGUUGCGUCUCUCAUUAUGGGUGUCCUUUGCAGCUUGGCUUGCCAACUUCGACCACGGAUACACGGGUACCAUUCUGAUUAUGCCGUCUUAUCGAAAGGCGUUUGGUACAUGUACCAACCAUCUCAUGAAUCCGAACUCGGGUGAUAUUGUGGAGCACUGCUACAUCACGCCCCUGCAGCAGUCGCUCAUCAGUUUGAAUUAUAUGUUCAUCGGGAUCGGUGGAGGGCUUUCGGGCAUAACGGGACGAUAUACUGGCCGACGAGGAGCCAUCCAGAUCGGGUGUUUGCUGGCUAUCAUCGGAGCCGCAGGGAUGCUGGGGACAGGUGCAGGACAGGCUGGGAGUUUCAUCCACUACAUGGUGUGCAAGUGCAUCAGCGCUAUUGGAAUCGGUCAAAUAAUGACGUCGGGGCUCACCUAUGGCUCGGAGUGCAUUGCGGCCGACAAGCGCGGGUAUGCUCUGGGCCUAUACAACAUCGGGCUGGCCAUGGGCAACCUCGCAUCGUCCGCUGUGUGCGCUGGUUCUGCGCAGCUUGAGCCACACAAUAAUUGGCAGUGGAAGUCUCCAAUUUUGUGCCAGAUUCCCUUAGGCGUUGUGCUCGGCGCUGGGAUUCUGAUGUUCCCCGAAUCUCCUCGAUGGCUGCUAAGCCAUGGAGAGGGAAGAGAAGAAGACGCACGAAGAGCCUUCAGCAUGCUCUAUCGGAUCCCACCACAGUCUCACGAGAUCACGGCACAAAUUGAAGAAGUCAAGAAUCAUAUCAAGGCCGAGCGUGCGAUCGCGGCAUCCACAUCCUGGUCUCAGAUUUACCAGAAGAGUCACAUCCGUCGCACUUCCACAUCAGCCUUGAUCAUGAUUGGAAUGUCCAUCACGGGCAUCCAGUUUGUCCAGCCAUACGCAACAACCUUUCUCAAAGGCGUCGGAAUCAGCAAUCCCUACCUCAUCAACGUGAUUAUCGGCGUGUGCAUCCUAGGUGGAUCAUGUCUAGGUCCUUUCAUUGUUGAAUACGGCGGACGACGAUUCGCAAUCAUCUCUGGAUACAGCACCAUGGCGGCUUGCAUGUUGAUUCUGUCUCUGGUCAGCACAAUGCUGGGAAGAGACGGCGUUUCGAAGAUCGUCAUCGUUGUCUUGCUCUGUUUCUGGUCUUUCGUCUUCGGUGGAACCAUUGCGCCCAGUGCAGGUCUGGCUUCUGUCGAGAUGCACAGCGUUUCGCUUCGUACGUAUGGGCAGGCGAACACAACAAUCUUGUAUGGCAUUUUCUCGUUCGGAGCGACCUUCUGGACGCCGUAUAUGCUGGAUCCGAAUCAUGGGAAUAUGGGAGCGAAUGUGGGGUACUUCUAUGCUGGUGUGACGGUGGUCAUUGCCUGCUUGGUUUUCGCGUUGGUUCCGGAGACUGCGAGUUUGACUCUGGAGCAGAUUGAUGAUGUCUUCACUUCGGGUGUUCGACCGUGGAAGACGUCAAUUGCGGAGAACAAGGCGAUUGCCAGGGCUCGGACAGAGGCAUUGAAUCGGAAUGGGGACUAA